AUGGUCGGCUGUUUAACUAUGAGCCUUUGUUUGCUGUUCUUUGGGUUUUUACCUCACUAUGGUGCCAUUGCACAGGUCUCCAACAAGCCUGAUAUCGCUUCUUCAGCAUUUCCAUCUGGUGGAUUCCAAGCCACCACCCUUCUGACCUCUGUCAUCAACGAUGCCGACAUAGUCCUCCAUGAGAUCAAUAGUUACAACGGCCAAACCGCACAAUUUUCCAACACUAACGACCUUGUCGACUUGGAAGAUGCCGAAGUUCUCACCGACACCGAAGAAGACGAUGAUGACGAGCUCGACGAUAUCAACGAACCCAACUCUGGAGCUUCCGCUCUGGGUAGCACCACCAGCUUUCAAGCAGGCAAAGGAGUCAGAGCCAGACUUCUCCGCUUCAAACAAACCGAUUGCGAAAAGAAAAGAGGCAACGGCAGAGGCAAAAAGAUGAAGGAAGGCAAGUGCCACACACUGCACAAAAGGCACUUCCAAUCCUACCAGUUCUCCGUCGGCGAGAAGAAAAGCAAGAAGAAGAACAAGGAUGGCGAAGAUGAUGAUUAUGACGAUUCCACCUCCAAGGCAUGCAGGAUCAUUGUCUAUCAUGAUGGAAAGUGUAAGGAGGAAGCUUCCACCGCCAACGAAGGAUCUUGUGAAGACAUGGAGGAUGCUGAAGAUGAUGAAGAUGAUGAGAAGAGAUUGCACAGUAGGGAUUUGAUGAUAAAGCCCAAGGGAGCAAAGUACAAGAGCGCAAAAUUCCUCUGCGAUGGUGUUGAUGUGUCGAACAACUCCUCCUCAAUGCACAGCGUCAGCAAUUACUACACUGCUUCUUCAAGUCGCUACUCUAACUCCAAGCACGCCUCUCGUACCUCCGACUACUCUGCUACCCUACUCUCAUCAGAAUCCGUUGGAGGAGCUAACGCUACCGCUUUGUCGUCAAAGUCUGCAUCACCAUCAUCGGGAAAUUCAACCCUCUUAUCAACACCGCCUCCCCGCUAUUCAAAGACUGCAUCAGAAGAGCCAACUACCACAGAUCCACCAGAUGAGGACGACGACAAGGAAGACCCUGAAGAAGAGCCCGAGGACGAGGAAGAUUUCGACGAGAAAGAUGAAGAAGAUGAAAUCGAUGAAGAAGAUCACAGAUCCGACCUAUCCAGAAGUCAGAAGACCAAGACCAGGAAGCAUAAGAGCAAGUCUCACAAAAAGACAAAGGGCAACAAGAAGCAUGCAAAGCAGACGAAGAAUAUCGUCACUCCGACACAAUCAGCAGAGGUUGUCAGCAGUGCUUGA